AUGUCAGAAGAAGGGCUUACUUAUUAUAUGGACGAAGUAAAAAUUCAUGAGUAUUAUAGGCAUCUUAGCGAAAUGGACAACGACAUUGCUCUACUGCUUCUUAAGGAUCACGUAGAAUUUAGUUUUAAAGUGAAGAAAGCGAUCCUCGUCGAACCGGAAACCGUGCUACGAGACAACACACAUAUUCGGGUGUCUGGUUGGAGUACGUCUAAACUGGCUCCCAAAUUCAGAAACGUAUUGCUACGGACAGAGAUGAUUGUAAUAAAUAAAACGGAAUGUAUUACAUACUACGGCAAACUUAUCACGCCGUCAAAUUACUGUGCAAAAUAUAACUCGGAAUAUCGAAUUUUCGAUAUCGGCGGUCCUGCAAUAUUUCAAGAUCUCCUCGUUGGAAUCGUUUCUUUUGGAGUCGACAACAAAAAAGAACCGUAUUACACAGUUUUUACAAAUAUUUCACAUUUCUAUCGGUGGAUAAUGUUGAAUACCAAAAAAUUGCUAAAGAAGCGCUGUGGUCAAGUUCAAGAUACUGUCUUAGUAACGGAAACCGAAUUCACCGAUUAA